AUCUCAAUUGCCAGGUCAGCAUUUGGUGGGUCAAAGUUGCCCUUUUAUCUGUAUUGCCGGUCCAAAGGGAGUCGACAGAUGAAAAAUUAGGGAUUUCCUCAAAAACGUCGCCGUCUUUGAUCCCCUAUUACACUUGUUGAUCGCAAAAAAAGAGGAAAACGCAGCGAACACGAUUGAUCACAGUGCUUCAGCCUUGAAUCUUCGAUAUUUAAAACAUGGAUUCUGAAGGUCUACGAACUGCUUCAAACCCUUCUGCAGUGCUGGCUUCCCUCUUGUGCAAAAGGGCCAAAAUUCAUGAAGAACUCCGUAAUAUCGAAAAACAGGUGUAUGAUAUGGAAACAAGUUAUUUACAGGAUCCAAGCCAAUGUGGCAAUGUCUUGAAAGGUUUUGAAGGGUUCUUGUCUUCCUCAAAGAACACUACACUCUUGAAAAGAUCGAGGAAGUUUCAGGCUGAAGACAGGCUCUUCUCGUUAUCUUCCGUCACUUCACCAGCUGCUGAAGAAGUUGCAAGAGAUGGCGGUGUAUCAGCAAAUGGACCUGGGAAGCCAAAGAAAGGUAGAGGACCAAGAGAGGCAAAGAGAAGGCAAUCGAGCGAGGUUGACUUUGACUAUGAAGAUGAUCCUGAUAUGAUGUAAUCGUCACUAAUAAUUAUAUAAACGAAGAUGAAGGCCGAGUUUAUUAUUGCUUCUUCUUCUUA